ACCGCCAAAAUCCUCACCACAGCCCCAGAUCCCACCGCCCCCUCCCUAACCUACAGCAUCACCAUCCCCAACACCAACAACAACACCAACACCCUCAAUCCCCUUGAAGGUACCCCAAGGGGUCUCGGACCAAUCUACCUCCGCCUCACCGCCCCCACAACCAUGCAAUGGAUCUCCCUCGGCCAGGGGCCCGACAUGGCCACCGCUAACAUCUUCAUCGUGUACGCCGCCUCCGCCACCAGCGUCACGCUCUCCCCGCGGUCCGGGGGCCAGGGCCAGCCGCGGUAUAAUCCCGGGGCGAAUGUCACGCUGCUCGAGGGGUCGGGGAUCGUGGAUGGGAUGAUGGUGGCGGAGGUACGGUGUGAGGAUUGUUGGGGGUCGUGGCCUGCUCUCCCUACUACUGGUAGUGAUGGAGUGGGGGUUGGGGGUGAGACUGGGGCUGCGGCGGUGGAUGUGACUGGGGCUGCGACGGCGUGGUUCUGGGCGUAUCAGCUGGGUGCGCCGCUUAAUAGUGAUGAUGUCGGGGCAGAGUUGGGGAUGCAUGAUGUUAAGGGGGAGAUGGUGUGGGAUUUGAGGGAGGCGCGGUUUGAGGUUGGUGCUGGGGACGAGUUGGUGAAGGGGUUCAAUCCUUUUGUUUGA